AGUCAAAGCGUGCAUGCCCUGCUCUGGUAGUAGCACGUGGGGAUUAAUAGUUUCGCUUUCUUCAGAUCCAUCAUCUUCCUCCCGGCUGCCACCGCCACAACUACCCUUUGACUCCAUGACACGCAAUCACUCAAGCUUUAUCUAAAAUUUCCAUUUUCAUUUUCCCCAAUUACAAUCCUCUAAAAAUGACUAUGUCGGCGAUCAUCCACUUUCAAUCACACAACACCGUCGUUCCUACCCCUCUCCCUUUCCAAAUGGCAUCGCCAGCAUCCGCCGCCGUCCGCCGCGUCUGCUUUCAACUUCCCUUCCGCCGUUUUCCUCCUUUGCCAUCCCUUCGGCUGACACCUUUUUUUAGAGUUAGGGCUUUCUCUUCUGAUGAGACGGAGUCCGAGAUCUCAAUCAGUGGCGAGAAGGUUUCUAAUAAGCCUUCUAUUUGUCUGCUGACGAGCUACACUAUGUUUCUGUCAAUAAUUCCGACUGGAGACUUGCUUUAUGGAGAUACCAUCCUUCUCCGCAGGCUAAAUCGAGAAAACAUCCACUAUUGUUGUUAUCAGGGGUGGGAACAAAUGCGAUCGGGUACGAUCUCUCACCUGAGUCUUCAUUUGCUAGAUACAUGUGUGAACAAGGAUUCGACACCUGGAUUCUUGAGGUCCGAGGAGCUGGCUUAAGCAUGCACGGGUCCCACCCCAAAGACAUCGAACAGUCAGCACACGCAAUAUCCAACCAGAUGGAAGCCGUUGCUGUUUCCGGAGCAGAAACCGUUCUAUCCGCAUCACAGUCUUCAUCUACCAAUACAACGGAAUCACCGAUUCCACUGGAAUCAGAGAUUCCAGUGGAAUUACCAACCGUAUGGGAGGAAUCAAUACUUGUCACCAAGUUAACCGAAACAUUCAUUACCCUAUCAGAUAGAGUAUCCGGCUUCCUAAGUGAAGGUUUAUUGGAAUUAAAACAAACCUCAACUGUUGCAAGUCAAAUCCAAGACCUGAGUCAAAAACUAAUCAAUAUUAUCGAAGAAGGUCAACGUUCUGUUUCACCACCAUUGUUUGACCUUCAAGAACGUUUGACCACAACCAUGGAAGACUUCCAGAAACAGUUGGACAUGAUUGUCAAAUACGAUUGGGACUUUGAUCAUUACCUUGAAGAAGACGUUCCUGCUGCGGUGAGAUGAAAUAUAUAAAGGCGCAAACUAAACCGGAAGAUGGUAAAUUGGUUGCUGUAGGACACUCCAUGGGUGGCAUUUUGCUAUAUUCCAUGCUAUCACGAUUCGGUGCUGAAGGAAAGGAACCAGGGUUGGCUGCUAUUGUUACUUUGGCAUCUUCACUUGAUUACACUUCUUCAAAAUCAACACUAAAAUUACUGUUACCGCUUGCGGACCCCGCACAGGUGCUGAAUGUGCCUAUUGUCCCUUUAGGAGCACUGUUAACAGCUGCAUAUCCUCUAACAUCGCGUCCUCCUUAUGUUUUAUCAUGGCUUAAUCAUAUGAUAUCAGCACAAGACAUGAUGCAUCCAGAGCUGUUGAAAAAGCUAGUGUUAAACAAUUUCUGUACAAUACCUGCUAAACUGUUGCUGCAGCUGACAUCAGCGUUUCGUGAGGGUGGUUUGUGUGACAGAAGUGGGAAUUUUUUUUAUAAAGAUCAUAUUCAUAAAAUCAAUGUUCCUGUGUUAGCCAUUGCAGGGGAUCGAGAUGCAAUAUGCCCCCCUGAAGCUGUACAGGAAACAGCGAAGCUGAUUCCUGAGGGGUUGGUUAGCUAUAAACUAUUUGGUGAACCGGAUGGCCCACAUUAUGCGCAUUAUGAUUUGGUUGGGGGGCGAUUGGCGGUUAAUGAAGUGUAUCCAUGUGUAGUGGAAUUUCUGAGUCGUUAUGAUGACAUUGAAAAAUGAUAUUAUUAUUAAGGAAAGGAAACGAGGUUUAUUGAGUGAAGGAAGAUCGAUGGAGCAGAUUAUGUUUGCUGGUUGGUUGUCCAGAAUAUGUAGAUAGAUAGUUUGUGAAUGAAAAAUAUAUAGUAAGAUCAAUGUUCAUGUUGUAUCAUAAUUCAUGCCAAAAAUAUUGUACAAGUUAAUUAAUCUGUGAAGCAAAGUGUUGUUUUAAUUUAAACUAGAAUUGUUUAUUUGGAGAAAUCAAUUUGUUGA